AUGGUCCCCACACAUUCUCCGCAGCCCGAGCCGGGCGUCCGUGAACGCGAACGAGAGGAGCAAACUCAGCCCCUGGUCUUCAGCCCCGUUUUCGAUGAAAAAGCCCUCGCUCGGGGGCCUGCGGACUGGGGACCGCAGCGGAAAGGAUCGCCAGGACCCGAAGAAGCGACUUCCCUAGACGGCACAGAGGGCGGAUUGUCUCCGUGGAGAGGCUGCUGGUGCCCCGAGCCUUGCAUCGUCCACGGGGAAGGCGAGACGGCGCCGCUAUCGUCCGCUGUUGUGCGCCAGUGGCCUGCGUACGAACUCCUUCUGCACCACGGCGUGUCCGUCAGCCCCGGCGACGACGAUGCGGAAUCUGUCUACUCGUACUACUCCGCCCCGGACCUCUCUUCCUCUCGGCGGCUGCUGUCCUUUGACGACUUUCUUAACUCCGAUGAAGACUCACCGGUGCCGCGGAGCGAGUCGCGGCACUGGCUCUCGAGUCCGCAGUCCUUCGCGCAAAGCAGCGCGGUGCGGCUGAGCAGCCCCGAUCCUUCGGAGGGCGGCGCAACGCCGCCAGACCGCGAAGCGAGUCCCCCGAGCCCCUCCAAGCCUAUGCGCGGCAGGCGGGCGGGCUUCCAUCCCUUCAGGCACUCGGCGAGUUGCUACGCCUUCUCGUAUCAGAUCUCCGGCGCCGACCUGAGCUCGCGCCAGAAUCCGGACUGUCUGGUGCUGCCGCUUCAGGGGAUCCCCGGCUGCAGUGCUCCUCCCCAGGAGUCGCCCCCGGCAGAGAAGGCAUGCAGCCUCAGCAACCGCCAAGCGACGACGCGGGGGGGAGACGGGGGCCUUGUGGAGCGCGACGGCGCAACACCGGGCGAUAGCGAGGUAGCGGAGGGGGGAAGCGAAGACCGCGCGACGUCGCCACCGUUUUUGACGUCCUCUGAUGAAGCUGAACCGAGGCGGGGAUCGGCGUCCCUCUCUCCAGGGCCUCUGUCGUGGAGGAGGGCGCGAGGCCGCCUGGGCCUCGGCGGCAGUCUCGCCUCCGGUGUGCCGUAUGAGGCCGUGGAACUGCGACAGGGGGCGGAGCAGGGAUCGCCUGAACAAGGCGAAGAGUCGACACGCGGCGAGACGGCGUGCGGUCCUCUGCUGCUGCCUCUGGGAAGAGGUGCAGGGGCCCAGGGCCUCGCGGCCGUGCCUUCACGGUGUCGAUUCUGGCAUGCCGAGCAUAGACACCGGCUGUUUCGCUCGAAGAAGCUCGCUGACAGGCGCUUUCUUUGGCGACAUCGCUCGCUCUCCCUUUCGCUCUGCCGCAACGGGGCUUCUCCUCUUGCGUCGCUGGCCUCCUCCCCCCGGACGUCCGCGCAGCUCAGGGGCCCGCCGCCCGGCCGCGGCCUCACCCGCGACCUCGACAGUGACGCCACCUCGUCGGAGGCGUCGCCUGGAGGCAGCUGUCAGCUCGGUCGCGCGCGAGGCGCAGCGGGCUCUGUGGCGCAUGUGAGCGCGGAGGAGGCGCAUAGCGGGUCGCUGCGCGCACCAGGAGACAGACGCGGGCUGCCUGAGAGCUUCGCUAGGCUUUCCUCGUCCUCAGGCCAUUCCGUCGCUUUGCCUGCCUCGCCACCACGCGCCCUGGCGACCGUCUUUGCCGCGCUGCCUGCGAUGCGGGCCUCUCUCCGCCCGACGGGGUCUCUGUCGCCUUGCGGCCUUCCGCCGGCGCGCGCGGGCACCGUAGCGUUCGGCGACGCGUCGGCGAGCACGGCCCCUUUGCGGGCGGCAGCGUCCGUGGAGGGAGUUGGAGAGUUGCAGGAUGCUGCGGCGCGCGGCUGGAACUCUUUGGAGAGGGCGCAGAGAGCGCCGCUGCGUCGGGCGACGACGCUGCUGUCGCCCCAGGCUUCGCGACUCGCGGGGUGUACCUGCGUGCCGCAGCCAGGGGCAAGCGCGGUCUUUCAUCCUUUUCGCAGUCACUCAAGUUUGUACGUUCACUACACCGGGAGGCGAUCGCGCCGCUCCCUGGCCUCUCGCAUGCGCUCCUCGCCCGUUGUCGUGGCCAGUCCGCCGCCGGCCUCUCCCGCCGAGAAAGGGCUUUCGAAGCCGCAGCUGGACGCGCAGCCAGGGGCAGGCCCACAAGAUGGAGGCGCGGAGACGAAAAAGGAAGACGGCCCUCUAGGCGAGGAGACGCGCGGGGUCUCGAGUCUCUCGGCUCUCGAAGAUCGACGGCCGCGGCGGUGCCAAACGGCGCCCCACUCUUUAUCGCAGCAAGGUAACAACGAAGGCGAGAGUUCAGAGUCGUUUGCAGAGGGACAUAAGACCCUCAGUUUCUCGCGGUUGCUGUCCGACCACCGGAGUGGCGGGGUCUCGACCACCGCGGAGCGCGAAGCGGCGUCACGCCAAGUUGAGUUCCUCCAGGCGCCUUGCGACGAACUGCAGGGAGACGCUCCGCUGUCUGCCCGCGUCCCUCUCGCCAUCCGGAGUUUUGCGGCGGCUGGAUCUCCCCUGCAUCCAACGUCAGGCGCGUCCGCUUUUGACGCGAAAGAUGCACUCGCUUUUGGCCCUUCUCACGGGACACGGAGAAUGCCUUCCGCGAUUACGGAGACAGCGCCACCACACGGUCGCUCAACCGCGACUGGCUUCCUGCACUACAACGGGGCCGCGUCGCCCGUGGAGCCCGCCGGUGCGUCGCUUGCUGCAGAGGAGACGCCGGAGGUUUUCGCCUCGCCUGCGCGUGGGCGUUCCCCCGUGACCCAGUCUCUGGCGGCGAGAGGCCAGUCACUCACGUGCUUCACAGAGCCCGCGAGGGGUCGCCCGUGGUGCCGCGCAGGGGAGCAGAGCUUCAGAUUUCUGGAUGCCCUGGCGGACGACGCAGACGCCGUUGAUGACGAUGCAGAUGCCGCUGAGCUGGCGCAGCAUCCACGCGCGAAGGCAGGCCCUCCAGCCUGCUCGGCUGCGGAGGGUGGAGGGCGCCCGGGGCACAAGGCCUUGCUGCGCCCAGGCGGCGCUUUGGGGGCUGGGGCCCAAGGCCCUCCCGGUGAGCGCGUUGCGGUGGGCCUGCGAACAUACAAAGAGGCAAACGAGGCCUGCGUGGGGUCGCGCGCACGUGAGCGAACGGCGUCGGAGCGUUCUUCGCUCUCAUCGCACUUUGUCUCCGCCACGGCGUCGCCCCUCGCGUCGUCUGUGCCGUUGGCGGCGGGCGGCGUGGAGAAGACGCCGAGCCUCUCAGACAGCUCGUCGUUCUCUUCUCCGCGCGCCGUCUCCCUCACGCCGGAGCUGGAAGACGUUUCAGGGCUCGGUGGCGAGUUCGCGGAGGCCAGGUCUCCGUUCCGUUGCCGCCCCGAUGCGGCGGUGCGGCACGCCCGCUCGGCUCCGGAGUCGCCGUGCCGGAGUCGGGGCGAGCCACGAGACAAGCGAAACGCUUCCUCGUGCCUGCCGCGAACGCCGUCGACCUGCUCGUACGCUCUCGUCCCAGGGCAGCAGCGCGGCUCGGCCUUUCUUCUGUCUCCCGCGCUCGCGUCGCCCGCCCUCCAGAGGCCCCCUCUGUAUGCAGCUCUGCAGCAAGUGGGGCACUCGCAGCCGCCGCUGUACGCGCUGCCCAAGCGGGGCACCUCGGCGAGCUCGCCUGCGCGUCGUGCGAGUCCUGUCGACUUCCGGUCCCUCUCUGAGACGGAGAGAGCGCGUCGGCUCGAGCAUCUCGCGUUCACGCGCGCGCUGACUCCGCCUGAGGCCACCGCGGAGACCGGCCUGCGCCACCCGCCCGCUGCGCAGCGGGCGGCAACCCGAAGCGAGGAAGAAGAGCCUUUUUCUGGCGGCCUGGGCCACUCGGAAGACGCUCUUUUUGCGAGACGUUUGAGCGGGGAGACGAUGCGCGGCGGGGACGGCGACGGAGACAGUGCAGACGCCGCGUCGCUCCUCUUCCUCAGCAGCCCCUCGUCUUCCUCGCUUCCCUCAGUUCACCUCUUUCCAGUCGCAGGGGGGGCGCCGGGUCGCGGCGGCGCACGCUCGCCGUCCGCUGUGAGCCUCUGGUCGGCUGUCUCAGAGGCUGGCAAGCCCGGCGCUCUACGGCAGUCCUCCGACCCCAGCGGCACGACGACGCUCGUGCGGGAUGCCCUGCCUGCGCACGCGUCUUUCGACGACCCGCGAGCGCCCCGCCGCUUCAGCGGCGGAGACAGCGUCAGUGUCGCGUUCCCCUUCCUCGCAGAGUUCGGCUCCAGCCGCGAAGUCUGCCUCGAUCUGGCAGGUGGUCGCGGAGCCGCGCGCGCCUCGCACUGGCGUCUGGCACCCGGAGGAACGGCACCGCUGUCGCACUCUGCGCCACUCAAGAGCUCGGGGCCGUGCGCCCUCGUGGCGGGGCGCCAGGCCGGUUUCCCGUGUGUCGCGUUCCCGGCAGAGGACUCACAGUCGACGCCGGGAUCCUCGAUCUCGUCGUCUCCCGCUGUGCCCGCGUCGCCGCUCACGCCUGCCCAGGUCGCCGCGCAGGCUUCCGUUGCGGGGCGAGAGCGCCGCGGAAAGCGAGCGACCGGCUUCGUCGUCUUUCGGGGCGGCGCGGGUGAUUUGGGCGCGGGGUUUCCGGAGGAGGGCGAGGGCGUGCCGCGGUCGGUGACUUCGUCGUCCUCCACCUCCUUCCUCUCGUUUGCGUCUUCGCCCCGGCGCUCCUACGAGCCGAUGCGGCCGCUCAGGGUCCCUCUGGAGGACGAGCGGCGACAAGACCUCACGUAUGCGUAUGGGUAUCGAAUGGGCGCGCGAGACCUGCGGCGCGGCGCAGGACGAGAGGCCGCGUCCCCCAUGCUAACGAGCGCGGAGGCAGAGAGACCUGCGCAGGCCAUACACGCGCGCGAGCGCCCGCCGCCGGACGGGCUGGCGCCUGCCAGUCCCGAUGCGGUGGUCGCACUGCCCGAGAGCGCCUCCGCGACGCAAGUCAUCGUACAACUGUACCUGGAGCAGCAGCGGCAGCUCGACGAGCUGCGGGAGGAGCUCGCGGCUCUCCGCAAGGAGAAAAAGCCACAGGUCUCCGACCCCCGCGCGUGCGCGCCCGCGACCUCGCCCCUCUCGAGCCCGGUGGAGGAGACACGCCACCGGCUGCUGGGGGCCGGCGUGGUCAGCUCGUGGUGGGGAAGGCCGUCGGGCGGGUCAGCGAAGACGCCGAUUUUGCCGCUUCCUACGUUUCCUCUGCAGCGGACGGCGGUCGACGGCGACGCGCGGGAGGGUCCCUUCGCCUCCGGCCGAGGUCUCAGCGCCGAGCGCGCAGGGGAGGGCCGCUUCGGGGUUCGGGAGAGUCGCUCCCGUGAAGCAGGCGCGGGAUUGCAGGCAAAGGAAGUGAAGUUGCAAACGCCUCUGUCGUCCGGAUUUUGUACCCCAGCGCCGUUCCUCGUGCCUGCGUUCCAGCCCCCCGCGCUGCCAGUGGCUGCGAGGCACCAAGAUGCGACCUCGGCCGCCUCUUGUGCGACACGGAAACACACCGACGACGCCGCGGCGCUCAAGAAAAACGCCGCAGCAACGCGCGCGAGGGCGUCGCCUGCGGGGCUGCAGGGAGAGGGAGAACUGGCAGGUAGACGUAAGGGACAAGAAGCUGCGUCAGCGCGGGCGCCCGACUCCCGUGCCUCACCUCGUCUGGAAGCUGAGGCCGCGGAGCCGAGCUUGUCUCUGGCACACAGGCGAAAGGCGCUGACGACAAAGGCGGAGGCCGGCGAGGAACGAGGCCCUCGCGCUGACGGCGGCGCAGCAGCUGAGAGAAGCGACAGAGAAGAAGAGGAGGAGGAGACUUGGGGAGAAGGCUGCACGGUGCGCGCGAGGCUGCGUCUCCUCGCGGCGUUUGUCAUAGACGAGGUCUUUUCCUAUCGGCUGCGUGAGCCCGCGUCGUCUUCAGAGCGGCCUUCAACGGCGACCGCGGCGCCUGGCGUCGCGUCAGCGGCCUCCACAGAGCCAGGCACGCAUCGUCUCGCGCCCGCAUCCGCGCCUCAGCGCGGAACGAGGAUGCGUCUGUCGGCAUCAGCGGAUGGCUCGCCGGCGGAGGGGCGCCCGGGUGCAGCGUCACUGUCGCCGCUGUCGGGGCUUCGUCCAGUGGCCACGGGGUCUUCGUUCCUGUCGCUCGCGCCUUCUUUUUCCUCCCCGGCUUUGCAUGCGCUGGGCCCUUCCAGCGGGGUUGCGGGGCCCCUGAGGCGCGUAGCUUCGGACGAGUUCUCGCCGCGCAGCUGCGAGGUCGCGGAGCUGAGCUUUCUGGCGCACGCUGAGAACGGCGCCACACGCGGUGGGCGCGACGCGCGAGUGCUGGUGGCCGCAGCGGAGAGCCGCGCGCCGAGCGGCCCUGGGAGGUUCCUCCUGGAGAGCGGCGCAGGACAGGCGGGGGCGACGGCUCGCUGGAGCUCAGAAGGCGACCAAACGCCGCAGGCCUCACGGAGCCAGGACGGCGAGACACGACGCGUAGCGGCGAGGGGUCGCGUGUCCCUGGCGCGAGGUGGGAGGGCGGAGGAUGUCAACAUGCGGCCGCAGUCGUGCGGCGCGAGCUUCUUGGAGACUGCUGGUCUAUGGCUGCCGGGCGCAGUAGGCGCCGAAGACGCGAGACCGCGUGCGUCCGCCUCUCAGCGUCGGCGAGCGUCGGCCUGCGCGGAGCCGCCUCCGGCUGCGAGCGCGAGCCGCGCGGGCGGCGUCGCGGCGAGCAGGGACCAGAAGGGAGAAGCGUGCAGAGCGGGCGGGGUGAAGGGUGACGCGGCGCCGAAAAAGAGUCGGGAGGAGGAGAAGGCGGAAGACGACAACAGCUGCACAAUUCCAGACACGCCCUUGGGGAAUCUCUCCCGGGUGCCUUACAGACUGGAGCGCGUCGUGUACCUUGGCACGGCUCUCUGCCUCGACGCGGUGCUCUACGAAGUCACCUUCAUGCCUAUCCAGGCCCUCGUGCUGGUGGUGCGGCUGGCCGCCCACGCGCUCUUUGGCGGCGCGGGCGGCGCCAAGGGGCGGGGCAAAGCCCUCGAGGCGAUCGACAAGUCGGCCCCAGGCAACGGGCACGACCGAGAGGCUGGGGAGUCUCUCACGGCUUCUCACGCGCAUCUGGCUGGAGUGCGGUGGACACAGAGGCGGGGCGCGACUGCAGAAGAAGGCCAGGGAGAGGCGAGGGUAGAGACGGAGGAGCGUGGAGAGGGGCGCUGCAGCGGAUUGCGCUGGGGGUCCCUGACGCCCGCCGCGGAUACGGCGGGCCGUGCGUCAGAUCGGGGAAGCGAGCCCGACGACGUCGACGCGCAGGACCGUGUAGUACUAGCUGGAGGCGGCAAGUCGCGACUUGGGGGCCCGCUGAAGCCUGUGCUGGCGCUGUGGCAGCUUUUUCUCGCUCUCCUCUGCCUCCUUCGGCAGACGCUCUUCAGGCUCCCCUGGUCGCCGCUGCUGUCUCGACUCGCGCACUGUGUCGGUGCGUGGGGAAAGAGCUUCGCGGCGCGCGUCUUCUGGCGCAGGAGGGCGGACAACCGCGAGGGCGCGCUGCGCCUUCGGAAGCCGCAGGAGGGAGAUGGAGGCCUUCACGGCGGCGGGAGCAGAGCCCAGACGAGUCACGCGAAGAGCGGCGCCGCCCACGGCCAACUCUACAGGCGCGCUGCAAGGCGAGGCGAGACAAAGAAAAGCGAGCGGCAGAAAGGCCACGCGGACAGCGGUUCCUCGAAGUCACUCGGCCGCUUACCUGCGCCGGCGCCUCCUUCCCUUUUGCGGCGGCUGAGCUUCUUCGUGCGGCACGUCGGAGGCGUUCUCCGCAACGCUGCGGCGUUGCCUGGCCUGCGGACCGCGCUCGCGGCGGGCGCCGCCGGCGACAGCGGCGAGAGCGUCAAGAGCGGCGAGAGCGGCGACCGGAGAAGAACCCGGGGGGAGCGAGGGCGCCAGCGGGGCCGGCUAAACGGCAGCGCGAGCAGACUGUCUAAAGGGGACACAGAGGAGGCUUCCGGUCUGCAAAGCGCGCUGCAGGACGACACGAGGCCGAAGAACAGAGGUCUUCGCGCGCCGUCGGCAUGCAAGGCAGACUCUCGGGGCCUUAGCGUCGACGGAGCUGGCGUCGAUGAGGCAGCCGGGCACGAGCCAGAGUGGGAGGAGGCGCGGCCGCCGGAGGGAAUCACUGAGAAAGACGCGCGAUUGCAGACUGAUGCGGCGGGAGGGAUGAGAGAGUCCCGAGGCGGAGAGGAGGUGAGGAGUCAGCGGAAGGCCGGCAAUUACGCCUUGCUACCUUCGGAGCGACACGCAAGCCACUCAGCCGAGCCUAGGCGCGCUGCGGGGCCUGAAGAGACUGCCACCACAUCUCCUCUCCCGGCCUGGAGAGCGGAGCCGCCGCUGGACAGCGUCGGAGAAGGGAAGGUCGGAUUGAGACAGAGACUGAAGCGAGCCAGCAGUGUGUUUUAUGGCUGGACGAGGGGCGCGGCUGGCGACGGCAGCAAGCCGGGCGCGGCGGGCCCCAAGGCGACGCUGGAGCGGCCGCCUGGCUCUCCGCACGCGCGCGGGGUCGACAGCGAGGAGAUACCCCUGGCAGAGGUUUUGAAGCAGCCUCUGCGUAAGCAGCAGUCCUCCCCGGCGGUGGCCUCUUUGACCGGCAAGAGUUCGGUAUCCGCGUUUCCGCGAUCCUCAUCAUGGUCGUCGGCUUUCUCUCCUCCGUCUGCGUCGCCUGCGGCGUGUGCAUACGGACGGUGGCUGGCGUCUGCGUUUCCGCUCGGGUUCUGCGACCUCCCGCCGCUGCUGGCGCCGGCGGACGUCUGCGCCCUGGUGCGGUUUUCUCUCCUCGUCGCGAGCGUCUCGCUGUUUAUGCUUCUCGACACUUCGCGGAUCUACCACUACAUCCGCGCACAGCCCUUCAUGAAGCUCUACGUCGUGUUCAACAUGCUGGAGCUCUUUGAGAAGAUGUGGCGCUCGCUCGGGCGCGACGUCAUCGAUGCCCUCAUGCGCACAACAUGGUGGGGGCGCUCUUACCAGUGGCGGCUGUGGGUUUUCCAGUACUUCCUCGUUCUCGGCUACGUCCUGGUUCACACCUUCAUGCAUCUGGUGCGCGUCCUCAGCCUGAACAUCGCCAUCAACUCCUCAGAGUCGGCGAUGUUUUUAAUUGUGGUGACGAACAACUUCGGAGAGAUCAAGUCGACUGUCUUCAAGAAGUUUUGCUCUACGACGCUCUACUCGAUCGUCGCUGCGGACGUCGUCGAGCGCUUCCAGCUCUGCUGCGAUGCGUUCAUUGUCUCGCUGAAAUUGGCGACCGCGGCGUCUCCGCGCGCGACAUCGCUUGCAGCCGUCUGCUCCUGGCUGUGCGGAGUGUUUCUGCUGGAGAUCGCGGUGGACUGGGUCAAGUUCCUGUCGCUAGUCAAGUUCAACAACAUCCGCGCGACGGCCUUCGAGCAGUAUCAGCGCGUUCUGUUGGCGGACGUUUUGCUCUCUCGCGUGCCCCAAGCGCAGGCGCACCUGCUGCCGUCUACGAGCUUCAAAGUGCCUUGUCGGCGCAUGUACGCCUUCUCCCACAUCCCGACCAGACGCAUCGGAUUCAUGGAGCUUCCCAUCGUCACGCUCAUCGUUGCCUGCUUGCCAGUGGUGUCGUGGACGUCGACGUCGACGCUGGUGUGCGCGUUCUUUGGGUGGGUGUGCCUCUUCGUCUCCAAGGUCGUUCUCUCGCUGAUGAUUGUGGCCUUCGCGACGAAACGCCGGAAGGAGUUUCUCGCCCUGGAGCCUCCCUUUGGUAAAAUCAACGCGCUGUAG